GUCGCGAGCGCAGCUGGGCUCGAGCCACCGGAGCCAUGGCAACCGCGACGACAGGUGAGGAGGGUCUCAUCUCGUCGUAAGAAGCUAGAAUUCAAUUUUCACCGAAAAGUGCGCUUCUGUUUCUUUCUUUUCUAAGUUUAACUGCCGUUUAAUUAUUCGGCGUCAUGUCAUUUCAACGGUUUUCCUCGGUAUCCGAAGCCGAGACACGUCAGCGGCUGCUCCGUAACGUGAAGAAGGAGGUUAAGCAGAUUAUGGAGGAAGCAGUCACACGGAAGUUUGUGCAUGAAGACAGCAGUCACAUCGUCUCCUUCUGUGCUGCUGUGGAGGCGUGUAUGCUACAUGGCCUGAAGCGGAGAGCUGCCGGGUUUUUACGCAGCAACAAAGUCGCAGCUCUGUUCACUAAAGUGGGGAAGAGUUUUGCUCCGGCCGAGCAGCUCUGCCGUAAAGCUCAGGAACUGGAGCAACUGCUAGAGAGCAAAGCUCAGGUGGGCUCAUACAGUGAGACGUCUCGUAAGUUUCCUCCUCGAAUCCCCGGCCUCUCACCCCAGGCUGUUCGGCACCUGUGGAUCCGCACAGCUCUCAUCGAGAAAGUCCUCGACAAGAUCGUCCUGUACCUGGUGGAGAACAGCAGUAAGUAUUAUGAAAAGGAGGCGGUGCUCAUGGACCCGGUGGACGGCCCUAUUCUCGCCUCUCUGUUAGUGGGUCCGUGUGCACUGGAGUACACUAAGAUGAAGACGGCUGAUCAUUUCUGGACAGAUCCGUCAGCAGAUGAGUUGGUGCAGAGACACAGGAUUCACAGUGCACACUACAGACAGGACUCACCCACUAAGAGACCUGCGCUGUGUAUCCAGAAGAGACACUCCAGCAGCAGUAUUGACGAGCGUCCGUCUCCGUCUCCGUCAGCAAGAGACUAUGUGGAGUCUCUGCACCAAAACUCCAGAGCCACCCUUCUGUUUGGCAAGAACAAUGUGCUCGUACAGCCGAGAGAUGACAUGGAGGCGAUCCCAGGAUACCUGUCUCUGCACCAGACAGCAGACACCAUGGCACUGAAGUGGACACCCAAUCAGCUGAUGAACGGCUCUGUGGGCGAUCUGGAAUACGAGAGAAGUGUGUAUUGGGACUAUGCCAUGACUAUACGCCUGGAGGAGAUUGUGUAUUUGCACUGUCAUCAGCAGGUGGACAGCGGGGGCACCAUAGUUCUGGUAAACCAGGAUGGCAUCCAGAGGCCUCCUCUACGUUUCCCACAAGGUGGUCAUCUCCUGCAGUUCCUGUCCUGUUUGGAGAACGGGCUGCUGCCACACGGUCAGCUCGACCCGCCGCUGUGGUCCCAAAGAGACAAGGGUAAAGUGUUUCCAAAGCUGAAGAAAAGAGGAACUCAGGGAUCAGUGGAAUCUGUUUCAGAUAAGGAGGAGGACGAAGCCACUGAUUACGUUUUCCGCAUUUUCUUCCCCAAUAGCCAGCAUGAGCUCGCUAGCUCAGAACCGAUGGAGCAGGGAGUAAACACAUGGCAGCCAACGCAGAGGAAGUCCUCAUGUUCUCAGGCCAGUUUCUACGAUGGAGCAUCUCGAAACGGCUUCAACCAUGAGAGAGCUCCUCUGAAGCUGCUGUGUGACAACAUGAAAUAUCAGAUCAUCUCCAGAGCGUUCUAUGGCUGGUUGGCUUAUUGCCGUCACCUGUCCACAGUGCGCACACACCUCUCCGCUCUCGUCAAUCACACCAUCGUAAUGCCUGAUGUGCCGUGCAACGCAUCCAGAGGUCUCACUACACCAGUGUGGCACAAGUUCCUGCAGGACUGCAAUGCAUAUGAUGAGCAGGAGCUCUGGCGGUUGGUGUAUUUUGGAGGAAUUGAACCCUCUCUACGUAAGGAGGUCUGGCCCUUCCUGCUGGGUCACUACCAGUUUAGGAUGUCGGAGAACGAAAGGAAGGAGGUAGACGAGCAGAUACGAGCCUGCUACGAGAAGACGAUGAACGAGUGGCUGGGCUGCGAGGCCAUCGUGCGGCAAAGGGAAAAAGAGCAGCAUGCCGUGGCCUUGGCCAAGUGCUCGUCUAUGGCCAGUAUGGACGGCAACAGUGUUCCGAGCGCAGUGCAGCAUGACUCGUCCAUCAGCAACGAGUCAUCUCAGAGCUGCAGUUCAGAGAGGCAGAGAGCUGGCCUACAGAGUGACUCCAGUAGCAGUACACAGUUCUUCACUCCCCAAAGCCCCUUCCCCUGGAGUAGUUGGCUUCCCUUUGGCUUCUUUCUCCAGGUGUUUGAGUCAGUGGACGAGGUCGAUCAGAUUGAUGCCGAGCCCAAAGGCAAUGAAGUCAAACUCCUCCCCAAAGUCUCCAAUGGCUCAGACUCGGGUCAUCCCUCUUCCAGAAACUACUCUGUCACCUCAGGCAUGUCGGACUCCCCCAGCACAGAAGACAGCGGCAUGCAGGAGAUGAGCACCAAAACUUCCACCCAGGAGAGUUUUAUGCAGGAUAACAAAAAGGAUGAAUACAAAACUGAAAAGAUGGAGAAAACGGUCAUGGAGCAUGCUGGAGGUGAGAGUGAAAAGGAAGAAAAGGAAGAAAUGGAUACUGUGAAAGAAACUCUGCAACAAGUGGUGUCUAAGAAGAGCAAUGAGGUGAAGGUAGAUGAACAUACUGAAGCUGCUGAGGGUUUUGAAGGUAUUGUUCAUCAGGUGAGAAAGUACACCAAAGUAGAUGACAAAAGAAGAAAGACAGAAGUGUCAGAUGAGGCAGGAGAAACUAAAAAAGAGAAGUUUGGAUUACUAGUGUCUGUUUUAAAAGGAGAAAAAAGUGAUGAGUGUGUAGGUAGAGAGCAAAUUAAAGGUUCUGACACCAGAUACAGUCCAGGAGUUUUAAAGACUACAUUCAGUAAAAUAUUGAAUACUUCUGCCACCAUAAAGACUGAUGAAACUCAGAAAAUCCAAACAACUAAAGCAGAGCCAUCUGAGAAAGAAAAUGAUUCAAGACCAAUGUGUUAUGAAGCUCAUAGAGCAGCCGAGGCUCCCAGUCCAAGUCUGGUUAAGGGGAAAGGUCAGUCAGAGGCGGUCAGGAGGAAGGUUACGAUGCCGAGUGCUCCUGUGGUAAAGGAGAUUGUGGUUCCUGUUGUGUUUGAAGCCUUCAGCACGCGUGAGAUGAGCAAAGAGACUCCUGCCACCGACUCAGACGAGUCACCUUCAGCCAUUGAAAUGGAGGAGAUCCCCGUGGCCCGCCUGGUGGGUGUUCAGAAAGGCAGAGAGGCACUCCUGCCUGAAAUGGAGACUCUUUACCCUCAGUUUGAAUCCCAUGCUGUGACCAGUGAGAAGAACACCACUACCACUCCAGUUCCCCCCACAGGAACCACUUACUCGCAGGAGCUCUUGGACUUGUACACUCUGAACCUGCAUCGUAUCGACAAGGACGUGCAAAGGUGUGACAGGAACUACUGGUACUUCACCCCCACUAACCUAAAGAAACUUCGCAACAUCAUGUGCAGUUACAUCUGGCAGCAUCUUGAGAUCGGCUACGUGCAGGGGAUGUGUGACCUUCUGGCUCCUCUGCUGGUCAUUCUCGAUGACGAGGCUCUGGCCUUUAGCUGUUUCACCGAACUGAUGAAGAGAAUGAAUCAGAACUUUCCUCAUGGUGGUGCGAUGGAUGCUCACUUUGCCAACAUGAGAUCCCUCAUUCAGAUCCUGGACUCAGAGCUCUUUGAGCUAAUGCACCAGAACGGUGACUAUACCCACUUCUACUUCUGCUACCGCUGGUUCCUCCUGGACUUUAAACGAGAGCUGGUGUAUGAUGACGUGUUUGCAGUGUGGGAGAGCAUUUGGGCAGCUAAGCAAGUGUCCUCUAGCCAGUUUGUCCUGUUCAUUGCCCUAGCCCUCGUUGAGAUCUACAGAGACAUCAUUCUGGAGAACAACAUGGACUUCACCGACAUCAUCAAAUUUUUCAAUGAAAUGGCCGAACAUCAUAACGUUAAGCAAAUCCUGGAGCUGGCUCGAGAGCUUGUUUGCAAAGUGCAGAUGCUCAUUGAAAACAAGUAAUGCUGAAUAAACCCCCCCUCGAUUGUCUCCAUGCAAAAGUGUGCCAUUAGAGUUUGCUGCAUUAAGCCCAACAGGAAAACAGCCGAGAGAACCUCCGAAUAACUGUAGUUCUCUUUAUAAAGCCGAUGCUGCAAUUCUGUUCGUUCAUCUUUAACAAACACUUUAUCCUGGUCUGGGCCAGAAGAUGGAGUCUAUCCUAGGAACGCUGGGCACAAAAGGUGCAUAAACCUGUGGCACUAUACACACACAUUCACACCUGGGGGGCAAUUUAGCAGAGUCUGUGUACAUACCUGCAUCUAGGUGAAACACAUAAAUUCCAAAGGAAAGCCAUGUGGACGCAGGCAAAACUACACACACGAUCUCACACACACACACACACACACACACACACACACACACACACAUGCACACAGCUCAGGAUCAGUCUGGAGACCCUGAAGCUGUGAGCCCACAAUUCUACCCACUGCACCAUUGGUGUCUUUUACAUUCCAGUGUAUUAAUCUAACGGAAAUGAGAGAUAGCAUUUAAAGACCCGACACUUCCAGGCAUCAGUUACACUCCACGAGUCACACAUUCCAAGUCAGUAAAGUUUUUAUCCUCUUCUGGUCAGUGGGUUUAUAUAAACCCAGCUGCAUGUCUGUUUCCAGCUUGUGUGUAUGUUCAGUAACAUGGCAUUAUAUUGAUAUUUAUGUAGGUUGCUGCUUUUUCAAGGUUCUGUGUGAUUCUCGGACGAGUUUCUACAAGCUGAGCACCUCAUAUUUUAACACCGUCUCAACACUGUGUUACAGAAACGUGUUCUCAUUCAGAUCUCCUUCCAGCCAGAUCAGUACUUUCAGUAGUGAUGAAAUCUAGCGCUGCAUUUUAUUACAUGCAGGUUUGUGUGCAAUGUUGUGAAACAUUUUUCAGAAUCAUGUUCUUUAGCACACUGCAGCAGAUAUUUCAUCUAUUUUUAAUGUAGGGCAUCAGUUAUCUACAGUGCCUUGCACAAGUAUUUACCCCCAAUUAAGGGCUGCAAAAUCAGUACUGUUGUCACCUCGGUUCACGUGAACCCUAUAAGUUUGUUCUAGUGCAGCCAUUUACCACCGUUUUAGUUGAACGAAGUUGAAUUGCCUGCAGAUCAAAAGUGUCAUGUGACCUCAAUAUAUCUAAAGAAAAUAUGUCAUUAGCAAUCAAAUCAUUUUGUGACGAGAGAUUAAAUCUCUGGGUAGAUGAAGCCCUCCAAUUCGUCAAAUAAGCAAACAAGAGCAUGAUGCUACCACAAUCAUGUUUCAGUGUUUCUUUAUAUUUAUUCUUGCUAAUCAUUUUGCAAACUCUAUUGCCUAUUUCCCCUCACCUCAAUAUUAUAGGUUAUUUUGUGUUGGUCUAUAACGUUUAAUCCCCAUUAAAUCUAGUCCAGUUUUACAUUACAGUGUGUGUGAAUACUUGCGCAAGGUUCUGCAUGUCCACUUCCAUGGGUUUCACUUUACUGUGACUGUAACAAAAAAAAAAAAGAAAACGGCUUAUUUGUGCAUAAGGACAAAUCUAUAUUCUAUAUUUAUUAUAUAGAGAGAUAUUAAUAUAUUAUGAACCAUGAUGUUAGAGAUUGUGUUUUUGUUCUGAAUGGAAAUAUGCUAAAGCAGAGAAACUAUAUUCAAAAGUCGUCUUAUUUAUUUUUGCAUUCUAAAGUAAACUUACCAUUUACAGUGUGGCCUUAACUGUGUUUCUGCUAGUCUGUAUGCUCCAUUGGUGCUGUUUGAGUCCACGUUUAGGGCAACAAUUUUACACCAGCCCUCUGCCUUUUAUCAGUUCAGGACCUGGAUCACAAAGAAACGCCUGUCAGGGUCAGAGUUUCAGAAGUCUGUAUCCAUUAUGCUGUGAGUUUUGUCCAGAUAGUGGACUUAUAAAAAAUAAAACUACCAAAGUACUUUUAGUUCAAUAAUGUUAUCAGACAAAAUCCUUCAAAUAUAUCAGCAGGAAUAUGUUGUUACUGCAGGGUGAGUUGUAGUAAAUCGUUUUCCUGGCCAUGUCCCUGGACCUGAACAGAAUCCAAACUAAAAUCUUAUAGAUUAUUUUGACCAGUGCAGUAUGUCCAGUGUAUUUCAUCAACUGUUCCUUAAAGCAGUGUGUUCGCCUGAAGAUUCUUCUCCUCUAUGAACUUUGCGCUUUGUCAUGUUGCUUUGGAUAUCAGUGGAAAAUUUGUGAAAGCUAGCUAAAGAAAUGUAUUAUUUGUAUGUCUUGCUUUUUAGCUGUUUAUUUAUUUAUUUAUUUUCGGUCUCAAUGCAAUCAAUUUUGUCUUGGCUUUUGUUUGUAGCACUCGCACUUGUACAAUUGUGGUUUAUGAUUAAACGAUAUAUCUGCCUCUAAA